AGAAGAAGAAGAAACGCAAUGGCGAGGACUAGGGUUCGUGAGCCAUCGCGAUUGUUAGCUGGUAAUACAUGCAGGAUUCGCCUCAGUGAAAUUUUCGGGAGGGCGACCCGGUCUAUUUUGGGCUUUUUUCUCAUGAUGGGUCUUUGCAAUGGCGUGCAUUACCUUUUUAGGCCUUUUUCUCAACCUCGUAUUAGCUCUGAUACGAUCGUAGGUUUGGUUGUUGGGAACUUCAUAAGGAAACAACUCGAUUUAUCAACGCUUAAGACGCUGCGUUAUAUCGUUGACUUUGGUAUGAUAUGCUAUAUGUUCUCGCUGGGUUUGGAGAUGGAUCCAUACAUACUCUUCAAAGCACCUACACGUGAUGCUAAAGUAGCUUACGCCGGGAUGAUUUCGACACUGGUCUUAGCCUGUUCCAUAACCCCAUUUAUCAGUUUUUCAAAGACAAAAGAGAUCAGUUUCAUCCUCUCCCUCUCAAUUGUCCUCUCUAGCACAGCUUCUCCUGUGCUAACCCGUUUGAUCACCCGUCUUAAAAUAGGCAAGUCGGAUAUAGGUCGACUUGUUAUUGCUGCUGGGAUGCAUUCUGAUUUUAUAUCCACUCUCAUUAUCUGUAUUGGUUAUCUCUUUUGCAAAUGUCAAGAGGUACGCCUCUCCACGACACGAGGUUUUCAAUUAGGUUUUGUGUUAUUGAUACAGAUGAUAGUCGCAGCAAAGGUUUCGCCUGUAUUUAUGAACUGGGUUAAUAACGAAAACCCCGAGGGUAAACCUAUGAAAGGUCCUCACCUGGUUCUUGCAGUUGCUUUCAUGGCCUUCCUUUGCAGCUGCCCUACUAUACUCGGUUACAAUCCGAUUCUCAGUGCAUUCUUAGCGGGAACGUUUUUACCUCGAGAAGGUCGAGUAUCGAGAUGGGCCAUUGGCAAAAUUAACUACCUGCUUAGUACCGUUUUCUAUCCCAUCUUCUUCUUUUGGAUGGGGGCUGAAUCCAAGUGGAGCGACUUUGAACCUGGACAAAUAAUGACAUGGGUCAGGUUGAUUCUUCUUUUUGUCAUUGCAACCGUAGGAAAAGUUGUUGGUACUGUGAUUGCUGGGGCAAUUUUGGGGUUUCAUUGGCCUGAAUCAGUAGCACUUGGGCUGCUGUUAACCAUGAAGGGCCAUUUUCACAUAUACUUGGCCAUUGCUGCGAAAACCGCUGGAAAGACGACGACUUCUACGAGCAUUGGGAUGGUAAUUGCAAUCUUCUUCACAAUUGUGCAUGCGCCAAAAGUUGUCGCACAUAUAAUCAAAAGGGCAAGGAAACGUACACCUACGCAUCGAAUGGCGCUCCAAUUGCUUGAUCCAUCAAGCGAGCUUAAGAUCUUGUUAUGUAUACAUGGACUUCAGAACACUGCAGCAGCCAUUAACAUCAUGGAGAUUUCUCGGGGGAUGGCUAAACCUGGAGUUGUUGUAUAUCUCACAGACAUGAUUGAACUUACAGAUGAAAUAGCAGCCACAUUAGUGCAGGUUGAAGGAGAGGACACCCUGACUGUAACUCACGCGGGAGUGAGACAAAUGAGAGACCAAAUUACUGCUGUGGUUCAGAGCUAUGUAGACGAAAAUGGAGACGGAAUUACACUUGGAAGAAUGCUAGCUCUCUCAGCAUUCAAUUCUAUGGCUCAGGACAUAUGCAUUUUGGCUGAGGAAUUGAUGGGAGCUCUUAUCAUACUGCCAUUUCACAAGAGCCAGCGUGCUGAUGGGUCUUUGAGUGAGGGCAAUGCGGGUUUUCGCUACGUCAACCGCAAGGUUCUCAGGAAUGCCCCAUGCUCUGUGGGAAUCCUAGUGGAUCGAGGUCUUGGAACAGUAGAGAAAAUUUCGAGAUCGUAUGCAUCUCUGAAUGUGGCAGUCAUCUUCAUCAGCGGUAAAGAUGACCGAGAAGCAUUAGCGUAUGCAGCUCGAGUAGCAAGGCAUCCUGGAGUUAAACUCUCUGUGAUUAGAUUCUUGGUGGAUGCUGCUGCAGAGAAUGCUGCAAGAAGAGCUGGGACCUACAGGAUAAGUGUUGCUGAGCAGGAAGAGGAAAUGAGACUAGACGAUGAAUGUUUUGCUACUUUUUACGAACGACACGUGGCUGGUGGGCACGUUGCUUAUGUCGAAAAGCACCUUGCGAGUUCUGCGGAGACAUAUUCUACAUUGAAAUUACUGGAAGGGCAAUAUGCACUCAUAAUCGUCGGUCGAGGUGGGAAGGUGAACACGGUGUUAACUUUUGGGAUGAAUGACUGGCAACAAUGUCCAGAACUUGGUCCUAUAGGGGAUGUUCUUUCGGGGUCUGAAUUCUCUGUUAGGACCUCGGUUUUAGUCAUCCAACAACACAAUCUAAAAGGAGAACUAGAUGGACUUGAUGAUGAUUUUUCUAUUAUGGAGAUGUCAAGAAACCGAUGAGAUUAGUGGCGGGAUAGACAUUUAGAAGCUAAUUGUAGCCUUGGAAUACAGUGAUUUGUAGAACUCUAGCUGCUGGAAAUUAUAGAAAAAAAGUGUAGAAAUAUUGACAGAGUACAUAGAAUUCUGACCAUUUGACUUGUUCUGUAAAACAGUGUUCUCUAACCAGUUGAAAAAUAAGGCAAGUUCUCAUUU